GUCGGCCUUCCAGAUGGGCCACUCAGAGAUGGACCCGACCUCAUCGGGAACCAUCAUUGGCCCAAGCUUCUUGUUGACAACUCCCGACGCGAAGCCGCAGAGUCCUCUCCGCUCCUGACGCCCUCAUCAUACAUGAACAUUGUCGCCCAGCAUUGAAACGGUACAUGUUUCUUUGUCUUCGAUCACACCCCUGAUAUCCUGAGUCGUUGAUCCCAGGCCGUGGGGCCGUCUCAAUUACCUUGCGCCUCGACCUCCCGACCCCCGAACUCCCUCUUUCGCACCCUCUCCCCGCAAUGGCAGAGGCUACCCUUCACAACGUACCGAUUGUCAUUGACAAUGGCAGCGGUACCAUUCGAGCCGGCUUCGCAGGUGAGGAAAUCCCGUCAUGUUAUUUCCCGUCGUUUGUCGGUCGCCCCAAACACCCGCGGGUCAUGGCUGGUGGUCUGGAAGGCGAUUCAUUCAUCGGCCAGCGCGCGCAGGACCUCCGCGGUCUGCUGAAGAUCAGAUAUCCACUCGAGCAUGGAAUUGUCACAAAUUGGGAGGAUAUGGAGUCGAUUUGGCACUACGUCUACGAGAAUGAGCUCAAGACCCUCCCCGAGGAGCACCCCGUGCUGCUCACCGAACCGCCGUUGAACCCUCGCGCCAACCGCGAUAUGGCCGCCCAACUUAUGUUUGAGGCUUUCAAUGUACCGGCACUUUACAUGUCCAUCCAGGCUGUGCUGUCGCUGUACGCGUCUGGGCGCACGACUGGUGUGGUCCUGGACUCCGGAGAUGGUGUCUCCCACGCCGUGCCAGUUUUCGAAGGCUUCGCAAUCCCUAACAGUAUUCGGAGGAUUGACGUGGCCGGUCGCGAUGUUACGGAACAGAUGCAACUGCUCCUGCGAAAAGCUGGCCACGUCCUUCACACCAGCGCCGAGAAGGAGGUCGUUCGGAUGAUCAAGGAGAAGGUCUGCUACGUGUCGCUGGACCCGAAGCGCGAAGAGAAGGAGUGGAUGAAUAGCUAUCACAAGUCGGAUGCUAAGGCGAUUGACUAUACGCUACCCGACGGUCACAAGAUUAAGAUUGGCCAAGAACGUUAUCGUGCCCCUGAAAUCCUCUUCGAUCCCGAACUGAUCGGCCUUGAAUAUCCUGGUGUGCACCAGAUCGUCCAAGAUGCCAUCACUCGUACCGACCUUGACCUUCGCAAAUCCUUAUACCUCAACAUUGUUCUCUCGGGUGGCUCAACGCUGUGCAAGAACUUCCCCGACCGUCUCAUGCGUGAAAUCAAACGACUUGCCGUCGAGGAUAUGAAGAUCCGGAUCUCUGCGCCUGCGGAGCGCAAGUACACGACCUGGAUUGGUGGUAGCAUUCUUGCUGGUCUCAGCACGUUCAGAAAGAUGUGGGUGAGCGCGGACGAGUGGCACGAGGACCCCGAGAUCAUCUUCAAGCGAUUCGCAUAAAUUAGCAUAUUUUUGAACUACCGAAGAAAGGAGGCAACAACCCCUCCUUCGUAUGCUUUUUUCCUGGUGCCAGACUCCCACUGUGCCCAGGCGACCUUGAUGCCAUUGCAACCGUGGCAAUCUACGAAAAUCUGCAUCCAACCCUGUACCCGUCAAUGAGAAUGGGGAAAUCUUUUUCAGACUAACUCGAUGACUGUGUAUCCAUGGCUUCAUUCUGGAAGCUGGCAGCACAGAGUGGGACCCAAGUGAUCAGUGUUCACUUCAUUCCUUAUUGAGUUCGAGUCGUGCGUGCGACUUUUGAUACCCCUAGCCCCAAUCAUAUCUCUCCAAUCUCCUUGGCCCAUAUUCUGUUUAUGUGAUAUGCCAUUUUGGCUCCCUUGUCGGUGAGCCUACCGAUCUGUGCACAUACAACUUUCCUCUUCUUUCUGUGUUCAUUUGGAGUGGGUUGUAUACGGUGGUUUCUACAUGCUUUCAAGAUGAGCUAUCUCUCAAUGAAUUUAAGAUAAUCCAUUCAUCGUCCAUUUUUCAGUCUUCUAAGUCCUAAAGA